GGCCAGGAGUAGCAGCGGAAGCCACGACCUCAUGUUGCCGCCCAGCCAGAGGAGCCCUCGCCAGCGACCGGCUGGGCAUUGAGCACCUCGGCGUCCACUCUCACCGCUGAGGGUCUCCCCCUUUGACGUGAAGGAUCCCAAACAGCCCGAGACUGUUUUCCAGGAAGCCCGCUGUCUCGUCUCGGGGUCACGGCAAAGAUCAAGGUUCAUGGUGGAUUCUUCCGCCCCGCUAGUCCGGAAUGGAGGAAGCAGGCCUCCCUGUGCGGCUAUUCCUGGAUGACACAAACACACACAAGUCUGUAUCAGCUGAAGUUAACGCUAACCAGUGUGCACGUGCAGUAAGCGUAGUGUGUGACAACUUAAGCACAUAUCAGGUUUGCACACACUCUCAGCAGGAUGCAUUGUAGUACAAAUUAAGUCGCAACUGAGAUAAAAUGUAUUUUCCUAAAAGGACCCCUGGAAAUGUCAAAAGGGCUACCGUAUUUUCCGCACUAUAAGGCGCACCUAAAAACCUCCAAUUUUCUCAAAAGCCGACAGUGCGCUUUAUAAUCCGGUGCACCUCAUAUAUAUGGACCAAUAUUAUAAUCCGGUGCGCCUUAUAGUGUGGAAAAUACGGUAGUUUUAACCAAGAUGGCAUUCUUUAUUUGUGCCUUUUCACGCCAUGGACUUCAUUGAUUUUAAAUUUUUAUUUUUUUUUAAUAUUCAUGACAAACCCACAAAUUCACCAAAGAGUAACACAAAAAGUAUUGCCACUUUAUGCCGCUCAAGGCAAAACCAAUCAGUGUCAGAUCCCAUAGCGCGCUAAAAGUGGUUUUCACGAGACUGGGGGCAAAAUGUAUUCACGUGUGACUGAGCCAGUGAGCUUUAAGUCGGUCUAGACAGUCAGUUGUGAAGUCAUGAGAGAUCUCAGACAAGUCCCAUUUGGUUGAAGAGACUUAUAUUGGGUUUGCUUAUCAGCCCUUUGAAGACCACGUGGGGCACGCCACUCAUUUUCCUCUUAUUUGAUCAACUGCUUUCACCCGUCUUCCCACUCUCUCUCUCAUAUAGUUUCAUAUCUUCUCAUCCCCCCAUCACCAUCUUCUCAUGCUAUCUUUCAACCAGAGAGAGUGUUAAUUAACUUCCCGUCCGCAAGCUUGAUCUAAUUAGCAAUUACGGCGCCUGUCUUUCGGCCUCGCCUUACCGUCGUCUCGUCUGCACAGAGGCGCUGCAAGUCUCGGGAGAGUUCAAACUCGGGUCAUCGACCUAACACACCUCCGCCGCUCUUUCCGCACUACAUUGAGAAAUUUUGCUCAGCGGUUUAACACGAACAAGCACAGGUACAUAUUUGAAGGUGGUGGUGGUGGAUUUCGAUUUGGACGCUCGAAGAUGGUUGAUUCUGUUACUGACAGUCAAGACACAAAACAAUAACAGGAAAUAAGCUCAAAUAAAUCAUUUUAUGAUUAAAAAAACAAAUGUACAAGCUCAAAAAAAGAGAAAAAUGAUCAUUUACACACUACUGGUAGCAGAAUAGUUAACAAAACUGACCUUGUAUCAAUAUGGAGAGAAAAGGGAAGCAGUAAGAAGAUGCAGAGGUAGGAGAGGAAGGUCUGAAUCACGACGUAUUGUGAUUUUUUUUUUUUUUUCCCCCAGAAUCAUCUUCGACGGAAGGGGCACGCUGGAGCUAAAUAUACAAAGGGCACAAUGACGUGGGACGAGACGUGUGGUCGGGGCUCCAGACAUGAGCUCACGGAGAAACAUCAUCAGUUCGAUGGACUGAAGAAUGCGUGGCUUCUGCAGUCAUGUCUCGCAGGAGCUGUCGCCUGGCGUCCACGGGCUACUACAACUCAGACGACGACUCCGACUCAAGUAUCGUGACCAACAUUUCAUAUCGAGAGAACCCCGUCAAGAUUUUCAAGAAGAAAGCAGGGACCCGCAAGGCUGUGUCUCGUGCCUCCACCACUUCCAGCAGCUUCCAGUCACCUUCCACCAAAGGCCGCAAGCCUUCCCUGAGCACCCAGACGGAACUGACCAUGGGGAGCGUGUCCUGCACCAGGGUCACGCCCCGGCCCCCUCUGAUCCCGUCGUCGUCAACCACGACUCAGACCCCCACCCGUUGCCCACCGCCUCCUCCAGAGAGGAUCCCCGGUAGCGGCCAGGCCGUCGUCUACCCCCGACCGGACCAGGAGAGGAGUUGUGUUGACAGCUCGGGCUACUCCUCCUCUGAGGGUGUCAAUCUAAAAUCUCCAACAGCGAGCACCACCACCAAGUCCAGUGCCAGCACCAGAACCAGCACCAGCAAAGCCAAAAGUAACCCCCUGGCUCCCCCUGCCGAAUGCAGACGGCAAAUCAACAGCGCCCUCUGUCGUGUGAAGGAGACACUAUCAACAUGGACUGCCAAGAUAAACCAUCUGACCACUUUGGGUGCUCAAGUCUGGUCACAGCUGCUGGUGUACUUUCAACGGCUUUAUCCAACGAACGCAAACAGUGCCCAAACUAAGACAACUUGCAUUGCCCUCAUCCUCCUCUUUCUUCUGGCUGCCUUUGUGUGGUUCCUUCCUCCCUUGUUGACACCUUUGCACACCCUCACCGACUUCAUAAAGACCCAAUCUCCCCCCGGCAAAGUCACGCAGGGCCCCGUUCUACCAAACAGACCUUCUCCACUCGACAACGUGGAGUACGCAACUGCAACGGACUCUGGCACACUGCCUACUGAGAUAGAAGCUAAGGUGCAGCAUCUUCACGAGGCUCUGCAGCAGAAGCAGGAGCUCCUCGAUAAGAUGGGGGCGCAAUUUGAGGCGAACAUGCAGAAUAUAUGGGACCACGUGAAAGGGGUGGAGUCCAGUAGUGCACAGAAUCUGGACCACGCGGUCAACGUACUGAUUAAGAAGAUAGAUGAUCAUAAGGAACAGUCCAUCUCAAGACUCAACGGCAGAAUGAAAGCUUUGGAGACCAAGAUUGUCGAGUUGUCGAAGGAUUUGCUGGCCUCCCAAUCCCAACCUGGGCUGCCUUGUCCUGACAUCUCCAGUCAAAAACAGCUCACGCCAGAGCUUCAGCAGGCCAUGGAGAAAUGGCUCACUGACCGCAUCCAGGCGCACAAUGCCGUCAACCUGGAGGACAAAGGAAUCUCGGCGUGCGCACAGCCCUUGGCUAACAAAAUGGCUGACUUUGCACUUGAGACUCAAGGUGCCAGCGUGAUCAGCACCCGCUGUUCUGAAACGUAUCGCACCCGCUCGGCCUGUCUGAGCUUGUUUGGAUUUCCAUUGUGGUACCCGAUGGAGAACCCCCGCAUUGUCAUUCGGGGCGAGCCAAUGCUGCUCCCGGGCAAAUGCUGGGCCUUUCACGGUGCCCACGGGACCCUGGUCAUCGCCCUGUCUCACCCCAUAAGGAUUACCCAUGUGACGCUGGAUCACGUGCCACGCCAUAACACCCCCACCGGCCGAAUCGACUCUGCACCCAAGGACUUUGAGGUUUAUGGGUUGGAGGACGAGGUGGACGAAGGAACGCUCCUGGGAACGUUCACGUACAACGAGGACGGCGAACCCACCCAGACGUUUGAGCUGCCCCCCAGCAACGUGAUCUACCGCGUGGUGGAGUUGCGCGUCCUCAGCAACUGGGGUCACAUGGAGUACACGUGCCUCUACCGCUUCCGAGUGCACGGUACCUUGGCGACGGACACAUGAUGGAGGUUUCGCUGGUUGGAGUGGUGAGUCCCACUUGAGCCUUCUUCACGUAAAUGGAAAUCUAUGCCAAUACACCUUUACCAUAGCAAAGCUGGUUCUUGGGCUCACUUUAGUUGCUUGUAUUAUUGUUGAAGGAUGUAAAUGAUAUAUACAUGCGUGUUUAAAAAAAAAAAAAAUCAUGUUGUCCCUGUUACUUAAAUACUUGAAUUUACUUUUUCUUUAAAUCCUACUAUUAGAUCCAUGAGGCCUGUCUUUAUCGAACUGGUGAAAAGUACUUGAAACUUCUAUGUCAUAGAAGGAUGAAAAUGUAUUUUUUUGUGAGAGAGUAUAUUUUAGAAAAAGUAUGCCUUGUGUUCCACUAUUGUUCAGGAACGGAGUGCUUGUGGCAAAAAAGAAACAAAUUAUUCAAAAUAACAAAAUAGUAAUGUCAGAAAAAAAUGAUGUGGCGGGCCGUAUCUGGGGCCCCGGGCCUUGAGUUUGACACCUAUGGUCAAUAUGCUAUAAAGAGUUUGAUAGAAUUAUUUUUGACUGGAAGUGACGUAUCGUAUUUGAAAGGAUAUUUAUAACUGCUUAGGUUUUUGUACAUAAAUGAAGAUGCUAUUUCCUUCUUGGAUGUAUACACUGAAUAAAUUAAUCUUUGUUUAA